AAGUGUGCGAGCGUUUGAAGGCGACGCGGACGCUCACUGCAAACGGCGGGGUUUGAACCGUACUGAAAACAGAACCGUCACAGAUCACCAUGGAUAUGUUCUGCUGAGGCGGCGCGCUGAACCGGCCGAAGAUAUCCCUUGUUUUUAGACUUUUUAUUUGUAUACAAACAAAAUGUUGGAUAAAAGGAUCGUUGACCUGCGUUCGGAUCAGCUGGAAGGCGUAAGAGCAAAAAAUGUUAAAGAGCACUUUGAGAAACAAUACAAGAUGGGAUCCCUCCUGGGAAGUGGCGGGUUCGGUUCUGUGUUCUCCGGACAGCGCAUUUCAGACGGACUACAGGUCGCUAUCAAACAAAUAUCCUGUGACCGGAUUCAGCAGUGGGCCAGUCUGCCUGCUACAGCGAACAAAGUCCCCAUGGAGAUCGCCCUGCUCCUGCGUCUGGGUGGAGGGUCGCCGGCCGGUCACCGCGGCAUCAUCCGGAUGCUCGACUGGUUUGAGAUGCCAGGUCAGGGGUACCUCAUCGUGUUUGAGAAGCCCCAGCAGUGCCAGGAUCUGUUCGACUUCAUCACUGAACGCGGGGCCCUGGAGGAGCCGGUUGCGCAGAGAUUCUUCAAACAGGUAAUCGAGGCCCUGCAGUUCUGCCACUCUAAGGGAAUCGUGCACCGGGACAUCAAAGACGAGAACAUCCUCGUCGACACUCGCACCGGAGACGUCAAAAUCAUUGACUUCGGAUCUGGUGCUCUACUGAAGGACUCCGUUUACACUGACUUUGAAGGGACCAGAGUCUACAGCCCUCCGGAGUGGAUCCUCCAGCAGCGCUACAGCGCUCGUCCGCUCACCGUGUGGUCGCUGGGGGUACUUCUCUUUGACAUGGUCUGCGGAGACAUUCCCUUUGAGCGGGACGCUGACAUUGUACACGGCACUCCGAGUUUCACUAAACGCAUCUCCAAAGAAUGCCAGUCUCUGAUUCACUGGUGCCUUUCGUACAGGCCGGAGGAACGGCCCAGUCUGGAGCAGAUUUUGCAGCAUCCUUGGAUGAUGGAGAGCACCGAGGACAUUGGAGAUUUGCAAGCAGAAAGCAAUAUUAAGCAAAGCCUUUAAAUCCCAAAAGACUUUGGACUCGUUUCAGAAUUUUCACACACACACACACUGUUUUGUUUCACACACUGGACUUCCUGAACUCUAGUUGCUGGCUUCUGGAUUCUUCCUUAUUUAUUUUUUUUGUUUGACUGCCUUCAACGUUUUUUUGUUGUUUCAUUUGGACUCGGGAUCUAUGCUUCUAUUCGGCCCUGGAUUGCUGCAGGUUUACUUUAUGAACGAAUAUUUCCCACAACUACAACCAUCACAGCUCAGUGCGACUUUUUUUUGUAUUUAUUGUAUUUAUUUUUUUUUUUCAACCACGUAAUAAUUUAUUUUUUGCGAGAAUUUCAGAAGCGGUAAACUGUGUUCGUCUUGUUUUGUUGGUUGUUUUGAAGUUCUAACUGACUUAAACGACAGUAGGUGGACUAUUUACCGCAGUUAUUUACCAGACUGCGAUGAUACCUGGUUUUACAGGUUUCUGUUGUACAGUGAUAUUCUCUCCCUGUUCUAAGGGGAUUCAAAAAGACUGGAUCCGCUUUCCAGUCUUUUGACGGGGGGCCCGGCGGAACAAUAAUUCGGGCUGGCGUGAAUCUGUUCCCAUUGAUCAACACGCUUUCUCAAAGAAGGUGCGACAGAAGAGAAGAGGAACAUUCCUGUGGAUCCUGUUUACUCUAAAUGAACCGAUUCCCUAGAUGGAUUCCUCAGAGCCAUUACUAAGCUGGCUUUUGGUUUCUGUCUGUAUUGUUUGUCACAUACCUGCGCUGUAACUUAAAGAAUGCUGUCAGGAGGCUUUGUACUGAUCAAACUCGGCUGUGUGUCAUUUUGUUUGAAGUUCCCAAAAGUCAGCAUGUUAACUAACUAGGGUUUCAACCACUAACCCACUGUUGAUGUUUACUAAAAAAGGGCCCGUGGGCUUUUCCUAAUCGUCUGAUCACUCGCCAGAGAGAUCUGCCUUACUGCGAGGCAAACACGCAUAAUGCCAGAUUCGUUUGAUUCAGAUUUGAAAUCUGGAAGCAAAGCGAGACUCUUAAAUUCGUAAGUGAUUUUCUUGGAGCCGAAACAGCAUUGGCAUGUUCGAAUCGUUUGAUCCGAGACUUUAAAAUCUCCGAAAAUAGACUUUGAACAUGUUCGCGUCAGACCUUUCCUAACAUGACAUGUAAACGGAUCCACGUAAACACUGGGGUAUUUUCGAUACAGUCAGUUUUCUUUUUUCUUGUCAUAAAAAAAAUAAAAUCCUGGCGUUUUUUGCUUGGAUUGGCACAAACAUUUGCUGUAAAUACUUGUGUAUUCAACGAUGUGCUGUGGCUGUUGUCACAUGAUGUUUAAUUUAAGAGAUUCUAUGAAUAAAAAAUAUAGAUGCGAGCCGUCUAUAUUUAAAGAAA